GACCCUAUGCCCAGCAGCGCCAGGCGCUCUAACACACUCACUUCCCUUUUUUUUUGCAGGAUUGCCCUCUCAGAGGACAGCAAGCAGCGUGGGAGGUUCUGUGCUGGUCUUUGCAGACACAAUGAGUGACGGAGAUAACAACCCAGCAGCCAUUCCCGUCGCCGUCGUGGACAUUCAGGGCGACGAGCGAUGGAUGUCUCAGCACAACCACUUUGUGGCAGACACAAAGGAUAAGGAGCCCGACGUCCUGUUCGUGGGAGACUCUUUGGUUCAGUUACUCCACCAGUUUGAGAUCUGGCGUCAGUUAUUUUCCCCGCUCCAUGCCCUGAAUUUUGGAAUUGGUGGUGACGCGACCCAGAACGUUCUGUGGAGACUUCAACAUGGGGAACUGGAGAAUAUCAAACCCAAGGUCAUCGUGCUGUGGGUGGGCACCAACAAUCACGGCCACACGGCGGAGCAGGUGGCAGGGGGCAUUGAGGCCAUCGUUCACCUCGUGAUUCAGCGGCAGCCUCGGGCCAAGAUCGUCAUUCUGGGUCUGUUACCCCGGGGGAAGGACCCGAAUCCACUGCGGGUGAAGAAUGCUCUGGUGAACGAGCUGGUGAAAGGCAUGGUGGAGAACAUCAGCAACGCUUCCUUCCUGGACGUGGACCCAGGCUUCGUGAACUCUGAUGGCACCAUCAGCCACAAUGACAUGUAUGACUACUUGCACUUGACGCGCCACGCUUACAGCAGUGUCUGCCAACUCAUCCAUGCUCGGGUACAGCAGCUGCUGGGUGAGGCUUCCUCUGAACCCCCUAAUCCGGGCAUCUGAUUGCUGGAGGCUGCCACUGUCAACCUGGGCACACUGCUGUGCGGAUCCCGCAGCAGAGAGAGGGCCCGCGGGGAGACAGGUCACACAGUGAGAUGACCAAACUUGAAAGGGCUAUGCUUGGACUGACUCCCUCCAUGACCCACCAACCGAACCCGACCUCUCUCAUUCUCUCCCUCUAUCUCUCUCUCAUUCUCUUGUGGUAUCCCAUUCACUCUCUCAUUCUUUCUGUCAUUUGUGCGGUCUCCUGCCCGCGCUCUCUCUCUCACACUCACACACACACCCUUGCCUGCACCCUCGUGCCCCUUCCCUCCCUCCCUCUCCCCUCGGGCGCACCAUCCUGCUCUUCCCUCACUCUCACACUGACAUCAUUUCUGAAACCUGCUGAUACCCCACCACAGGGAUUAAUCAUGCAGAGUGGCUGAAGGACGAGUGUCAAGGCAGUGUGGACAUAACAUGUGACAUUGAGUCUAGAUGGGGGACAAUGUGACUGUAAGCGCUCAGUGUGGGCAGAGAGAGAGCGAGAGUGUGUAUGUGAGUGAAAAGAUGUAGACAUUCUUUCUCUUUCUCUGUGUGUGGGUGAAGCGAGAGAGAAUGUUUCCGCGUGUGGAUGAAGAGAGAGAUCUAAAACCCUGAUGUGAAAUAAUUUGGCAGUGCCUCAGAAACCAGGUCACACUGAGGAGAAUAGGGGACUCUAGCACUGGGGCUUCCUGACUGGGAGUGAGUUCAAACCAUAAAAGAGGACCAUGUUCUAUGGUUAUACAGCGCACCGGUCCCACCAAUAAAAGAAAUGGUUGUGGUAACGUUAAA